GAUCCUACCCCGCCAAACAAACCCAAAGCCCUUGGCAGCCACGAACCUCAUUGACAAACCCCCCAUCCCGAAUCCACUCUUUCAAUUGGCAUCUUCCGCACGAAGUCCCCUUUGCAAAGCUCUUCAAAGGUAAAAGGAAAAGGAAAAACAGCUAUCAUACUCCAUCCCCUACAUCCCACCAACGAAGGAUAUCACUCUGCAACGAAAUGGCCUUCGAAAUCAAAGCCAAAAUUGCCAACUUUGGCGGGCAGCUGCUCAAGCUCGAGCACCAGAGUAUCCACUCCCAUCCUAUCCCUCCAGUAGCCAUCCAAUCUAACAUAAACUCUCCAGGCGCCUCAACCAAGACAAAAAUGGCCUUGAAUCUCUUCCUCCCUCCCUCCUCCAUUUCCCACCCGCCGAGCAAGAUCCCCGUCCUAAUUUUUCUCUCAGGCCUAACCUGCACGGGGGACAACUGCGCCGAGAAAGGCUUUCUGCAACCCCACGCCGCCAGGCACGGCAUCGCAGUUGUUUAUCCAGACACUUCCCCCCGCGGGGCAAAAAUCGACGGAGAGGACGAUAGCUUUGACUUUGGUUCCGGCGCAGGAUUCUACGUGGAUGCUACUACCGAGGGAUGGGGGAGUAAUUACAACAUGUACACUUACAUUAAUGAGGAACUACCCUCAGAGCUUUUCAAGCAGUUCGAGGCGCUGGAUAGCGGCAGAGUUGGAAUCACGGGGCAUUCUAUGGGUGGGCACGGGGCCUUAACUAUCGUAUGACCCCCCCGUUCUUUCUGCAUGAUGAGUAGAUCUGAUGAGAGUGGAUUGGCAGUUCUUGAAAAAUCCAGGCAAAUACCUCUCCGUGUCCGCCUUUGCCCCCAUCAGCAAUCCAAUAAACUGCCCAUGGGGACAGAAAGCCUUCGGGGGAUACUUUGGUGAGGAGAAUAAGGAGAAAUGGGCAGAACACGACGCUACCGAGCUUGUGAAGUCGUGGGAGGAGGAUAAGACCUUAGAGGUGCUCAUCGACGUGGGUACUGCUGAUAAUUUUUAUAAGCAGGGACAAUUGCUCCCAGAGAACUUCAAAAUGGCUGCAGGUGAUAAAGGGAUUCAAGUUAGGUAUCAGGAGGUAUGUAUUCUUGCGGCCCGGGUGGAAUGGUAGGGGGGAGAAUGUAAGGGCUAAUCGUGGUGACGGUGUGAUAUAGGGGUAUGAUCACAGUUACUUUUUUGUUUCAAGCUUUGCAGGGGACCAUGUGGACUUUCACGCAAAAUACUUGUGCAACCGGGCGCUUCACUAGCUGCUAGGUAGCUUGAAGGGUGACUGCUGACAGGUUAGUGCUUCUGCGGAGGUUUAACUGUGGGUAGAUAGAUCAUACGAAGCCGUCAUUCUCUUGAGAUAAUAGUUCUUGCUACCAGUGGAGAGCAACCUCUUAG